ACGCAGUUGGGCAAUACUCGCUCUUCUCGUGCAAGUAUUUCCAACCCCGCUGCCAAUCCCUUCUCUGAGGACACUCGGAAACUGAGAGUCCUCUUUUCCAAUCUCUCGAGCUGCAGCAAUGGGAUUGAUUCUAUUUUGAAGUCAAAUUGACUGCAUUUGCGUCGUAAAACACUAGCAAACCGCAACCCUCGGUUCGGGCUUUGAAAAGCCUAAUCGUUCACCAUGGCUACCACUUCGAACAUGUUCAUGUAUUCCCUGACGAUCCAGCCUCCAACUGCGAUCACACAAGCUAUUCUGGGCCAGUUUGCAGGGACUAAGGAGCAACAGAUCGUGACGGCGUCAGGGUCGAAGCUCACGAUUCAUCGUCCCGAUCCGACUCAGGGCAAGAUUACACCAAUCUAUUCCCAGGAUGUCUUCGGUAUCAUCCGUUCUCUGGCAGCCUUUCGGCUGGCUGGAAGCAGUAAAGAUUUUAUAAUCAUUGGUUCGGACUCGGGACGUAUCACAAUCAUUGAAUACGUUCCCUCCCAGAAUCGGUUCAACCGUAUCCAUCUUGAGACCUUCGGAAAGUCCGGCGUCCGUCGUGUCGUUCCUGGUCAAUACCUUGCGGUCGAUCCAAAAGGUAGAGCUUGUUUGAUUGCCUCUGUGGAGAAGAAUAAGCUCGUUUACGUUCUGAAUCGGAACUCGCAGGCCGAGCUCACGAUUUCGUCCCCUCUGGAGGCCCACAAGCCGCAGACAGUGGUCUUUGCAAUGACGGCUCUGGACGUUGGCUACGAGAAUCCAAUCUUCGCGGCCCUCGAGGUUGACUAUUCGGAGGCGGAUCAGGAUCCAACUGGUCGAGCGUACGAAGAGUCCGAAAAACUGCUUGUGUAUUAUGAACUUGAUCUCGGGCUGAAUCAUGUUGUUCGCAAGUGGGCCGAUCCUGUUGACCGCACAGCAUCUAUGCUGUUCCAGGUGCCGGGAGGUGCCGAUGGUCCCAGUGGUGUGCUGGUAUGUGCAGAGGAUAACAUUACCUACCGGCACUCAAACCAAGAUGCAUUCAGAGUCCCGAUUCCUCGACGCAUUGGUACAACAGAAAACCCCGAGCGCAAGCGCUCUAUCGUCGCCGGCGUCAUGCACAAGAUGAGGGGUGCUUUCUUCUUCCUUCUUCAGAGUGAAGAUGGCGACCUGUUCAAGAUUUCCAUCGAUAUGGUGGAGGAUGACAACGGACAACUGACUGGCGAGGUUAGAAGGUUGAAGAUCAAAUACUUUGAUACAGUCCCUAUCGCGUCCAAUCUGUUGAUUCUGAAGAGUGGUUUCCUUUACGUUGCCAGUGAAGCAGGAAACCAUCACUUCUACCAAUUCGAGAAGCUGGGAGAUGACGACGAAGAGACUGAAUUCAGCAGUGAAAACUUUCCUGCGGAUCCCUCUGUUCCCUACGAGCCGGUCUUCUUCCGACCGAGAGGAGCGGAGAACCUCAACCUCGUUGAGACACUCAACUCUCUCAACCCUUUGAUCGAUAGUAAGAUUGUGAAUCUUAACGAGGACGACGCUCCUCAAAUUUACACGGUGUCCGGCACUGGCGCCCGGAGCAGCUUCAGGACCCUCAAGCACGGUCUGGAAGUCUCUGAGAUCGUGGAAUCGGAGCUCCCCAGUGUGCCUUCUGCUGUUUGGACUACCAAGUUGACUCGUGCCGAUGAGUUUGAUGCUUACAUUAUUCUUUCUUUCGCAAACGGUACUUUGGUUCUCAGCAUCGGUGAGACAGUUGAAGAAGUUACCGACACCGGCUUUCUUUCCACUGCACCUACUUUGGCUGUUCAGCAGCUCGGUGAGGAUUCGCUGAUUCAGGUUCACCCGAGGGGCAUUCGCCAUAUCCUUGCAGACCGGCGUGUCAAUGAGUGGCCCGCUCCUCAACAUCGUUCGAUUGUCGCCGCUGCGACAAAUGAGCGUCAGGUAGCGGUUGCCCUCAGCUCAGGUGAAAUCGUGUACUUCGAGAUGGAUGCCGAUGGAACGCUCGCUGAAUACGAUGAGAGACGCCAGAUGUCUGGUACAGUAACAUGCCUCAGCUUAGGCGAGGUGCCUGAAGGACGUGUGAGAAGUUCUUUCUUGGCUGUCGGAUGUGACGACUCUACUGUCCGCAUUCUGAGCUUGGAUCCCGACUCCACCUUGGAGAAUAAGUCAGUCCAGGCUCUUACCUCGGCUCCAUCUGCGUUGAACAUCAUGUCAAUGGCCGAUUCAAGCUCGGGAGGCACGACACUGUACUUGCACAUUGGCCUCUACUCUGGUGUCUACCUCCGAACUGUUCUCGACGAGGUGACUGGCGAACUUUCCGAUACUCGUACCCGUUUCCUGGGAGCCAAGCCAGUGAAGCUAUUCCGUGUUUCCGUCAAGGGACAAACGGCCGUUCUCGCGCUCAGCUCCCGACCAUGGCUGGGCUACUCCGACAUCCAGACAAAGGGUUUCAUGCUCACCCCGCUGGAUUACGUGGGCUUGGAAUGGGGCUGGAAUUUCUCCAGUGAGCAGUGUGUUGAAGGCAUGGUUGGCAUCCAGGCACAGAAUCUUCGGAUUUUCUCUAUCGAGAAGUUGGACAACAACAUACUGCAGGAGUCCAUUCCUCUUUCAAACACGCCCCGUCGUAUGCUGAAGCAUCCAGAACAGCCAUUGUUCUAUGUUAUUGAGUCCGACAACAAUGUCCUAUCGCCGGCUACGAGAGCCAGAUUGAUUGAAGAUUCCAAGGCGCGUAAUGGCGAGACAAAUGUUCUUCCGCCCGAAGAUUUUGGCUAUCCACGGGCUACAGGUCACUGGGCGUCUUGCAUUCAGAUCGUCGAUCCCCUAGAUGCCAAAGCGGUGAUUUCGACCAUUGAACUUGAGGAGAAUGAAGCCGCCGUCAGCAUGGCAGCCGUACCCUUCUCUAGCCAGGACGAUGAAACUUUCCUGGUGGUGGGAACGGCCAAGGAUAUGAUUGUCAACCCUCCCUCAUCAGCCGGGGAGCUGGAGUUCAUUCACAAGACAAAGGUUGAAGAGCCACCUCUUGCUCUUCUCGGAUUCCAGGGACGUCUUCUUGCCGGCAUCGGCUCUACCCUUCGGAUCUACGACCUGGGAAUGAAACAACUGCUCCGAAAAUGUCAGGCUCCCGUUGUGUCAAAGACAAUUGUUGGCCUUCAGACACAAGGUAGCCGGAUUAUCGUCAGCGACGUUCGCGAAAGUGUGACGUAUGUCGUAUACAAGUACCAGGAGAACGUCUUGAUUCCUUUCGUUGAUGAUUCCGUCUCUCGCUGGACGACGAGCACCACCAUGGUAGACUACGAGACUGUUGCCGGUGGUGACAAAUUUGGCAAUCUGUGGCUCGUCCGCUGCCCUAAGAAGGUCUCGGAGGAGGCGGACGAGGACGGAUCGGGAGCGCAUCUGAUUCAUGAGCGCGGUUAUCUGCAUGGCACACCGAAUCGCCUGGAUCUGAUGAUCCACACCUACACACAGGAUAUCCCGACCAGCUUACACAAGACACAACUAGUGGCAGGUGGACGAGACAUCCUUGUGUGGACCGGGUUUCAGGGUACAAUUGGCAUGCUUGUGCCUUUUGUGAGCCGCGAGGAUGUGGACUUUUUCCAGAAUCUAGAGAUGCAACUAGCAUCACAGUGCCCACCCCUCGCUGGACGGGAUCAUCUCAUCUAUCGCAGCUAUUAUGCACCAGUCAAGGGUGUGAUUGAUGGAGAUCUGUGCGAAAUGUAUUUCUUAUUGCCUAAUGACACGAAGAUGAUGAUUGCAGCGGAACUGGAUCGUUCCGUUAGGGAGAUUGAGCGGAAGAUCUCGGAUAUGCGGACGAGGGUGGCGUACUAACAAUUCUGAUGGCAAUUCCGGCGUCUGUGUGCGAGGGUCUAUAGAUACCCAAUGACGAUCAUGCUAGAUAAGCAUAUGUACAGAUUUUAUAUCAGUCUUCCGGUUCCCAAGCAUACAUG